CCCACGKCAGUUGGAAUUUAAUAUGGUUCAAGAGUUUAACGUUCUGAAGUGUUAUACUUGCAAGACUUUUCAGGUUCACCAGGUAAAGAAAGUCAAGCAAUGGCACUGUAAAGUUUGUGGUGAAAGGCAGUCAACAAAGAAGAUAUAUGCCCGCGGCAGUGGAGCAGAUUGUCGUAAACAUGUACAGAAACUUAAUACUAUGCAAGGAGAAUAUGAACGAGUUAAAGGUGAAAAAAGUGCUGAAAUUGAAAAUGAAGCUUUGGAAGAAAAGCAAAGUGAGACCACUUCUUUGAACAAAUUUGUUAGAAGUAAAUGGGAGAAAUUUUUAGUGGAGUCCCAGAAUAUUGAGGACUCCAGCCAGCAGCAUGAAAGUUGGAUAGGAUUACCAGUAAAAACUAAUUGUUCAGUUAUUGAAAAACAACAGCAGAAUGGAAGACACAAAAGAAUGAAAAAUGAAGAUUCAUCCUCCAUUGUCUCAACCAAAAAGAAGAAACUCUUUUACCAAGGAAACAGGUAUCCUCAUGGGCAUUUUGAAUUGCCUCCUCACGAUAAGGAUACAAAGAGCAAAAUGUCACCCUGCAAGWCGCUUCAUCACACUGAUCCCCUUCAUUCUAGUACUCAUACCCAGGAACAACAGAAUUUGUCAUUUCAAAAUGAUUUUAGACCUGGCAAUAUUGACAAACAUAGUCAACUUAAUGAUUUUGAAUCCAAGCCAUUUGUUACCAGUAUAGAUGGCACCUUGAAUCAGACACUGACUUCUCAAACCAGAAGGGAAGAAGAUGAGAAAACACCAAAAAAUUCAAAGUGGUCAAGGUUUUUAGAAUUCAAUGUAUUUCACAGUAGCCCAAGUAGUUGAUGGUUAUCAAUUUCAAAACAAACACAACAUCUUAUUGAUUUGCACUCUGUGCAACAAGAGGCCGUUAUGCAUGAGCAUGCGCGCAACCGCUGCGUUAUAACGACCAUGGGCUCUAGAAUUAUAUUACUA